AUGGCGCCAAUCCGCCUCAUCAUUGAGGAUGGCGUCUUCAAAGACUCCGUCGGACGGCAGCUUGUGUUGCGGGGGAUCAACGUCGCUGGCGACGCCAAGCUGCCGAGCGCCCCUGAGAUGCCGUCACAUAUCGCCAAGGACUUCUUCGAAGGCGACAAGGUCACCUUUCACAAGCGGCCCUUCCCCAAGGAAGACGCACAUCUGCACUUUUCGCGGUUAAAAAAGAUGGGAUACAACACGAUACGCUAUGUGUUCACCUGGGAGGCGAUCGAGGCAGCCGGCCCAGGCAAGUACGACGAGGAGUGGAUCCAGCACACAGUCGACAUCUUGCGCAUCGCAAAGGAGUACGGGUUUUACGUCUUCAUGGACCCCCACCAGGACGUGUGGUCCCGGUUCACAGGCGGUUCUGGCGCGCCGAUGUGGACAUUGUACGCCUGUGGCCUCAACCCAGAGAAAUUUGCCGUCACCGAGGCCGCCAUUGUGCAGAACACGUACGAAGAUGUCGACAACUUCCCCAAGAUGAUAUGGUCGACAAAUUACUUCCGUCUAGCCGCCGCAACCAUGUUCACGCUCUUCUUUGCUGGCCGCGACUUUGCGCCCAAGUGCAUCAUCGACGGCCAAAACAUCCAAGAUUACUUGCAGGGCCACUUCUUAGCGGCUAUUGGCCAUCUCGCCAAGCGCAUUAAAGAGGCCGGCGACCUGGAGAAUGAUGUUGUCUUUGGCUGGGAGAGCCUCAACGAACCCAGCAAGGGCAUGAUUGGCUACCAGGACAUCAGCGUCAUCCCCAAGGAACAGGCCCUGAAAAAGGGCACGUCGCCGACCAUCUUCCAAGCCAUGCUUACUGGAAUGGGUCGGUCGGUGGAGGUCGACGUGUGGGAGAUGGGCGGUCUUGGCCCCGUCAAAUCCGGCCGCAAGCUGGUCGACCCAGGCGGCGAGAAGGCCUGGCUGCCGGCCGACUACGACGACAGCCGCUACGGCUGGAAACGUGACCCUGGUUGGAAACUUGGCGAAUGUAUCUGGGCACAGCACGGGGUGUGGGACGCGUCUUCGGAGAACGACGUUCUGCUGCGCAAGAACUAUUUUGCGAAAAAUCCACGCACAGGCGAAACGAUCGACUACCCAUGCUUCUCCGACUCGUACUUUAUGGACUACUUCCGCGCCAACCGCGACAUCGUGCGCAAGUACCACCCAGAUGCCAUCAUGUUGCUCCAGGGCCCCACAAUGGAGCUACCGCCGAAUAUCAAGGGCACGAAAGACGACGACGAACGCAUGGUCUACGCGCCUCACUUUUACGACGGCAUCACCCUCAUGACGAAGAAGUGGAAUCGCACAUGGAAUGUGGACGUGCUUGGCGUGCUGCGCGGUCGGUACUGGCACCCGGCCUUUGCCAUCCGUGUCGGCGAGUCCGCCAUCCGCAACUGCUUCCGUGACCAGCUGGCGGCCAUGCGCCAAGAAGGCCUGGAUCGCGUUGGCGACCAUCCGUGCAUCCUGACUGAAUUUGGUAUUCCCUAUGAUAUGGACGACAAGCACGCAUACAAAACAGGUGACUACUCCAGUCAGUCGGCCGCCAUGGAUGCCAAUCACUAUGGCGUGGAGGGGGCGCUCAUGGAGGGCUACACGCUGUGGGUGUAUAUGACGGAAAACGACCACCUGCGGGGUGACCAGUGGAACGGCGAAGAUCUCUCGAUUGUGUCACAAGAUGACUCUCUGCUGCCCGUAUCGCACCGGCCCAAGACGAUUCCCGAUCGCGCAACGGCGCCGGCUCUGCGGCGCGUGGUGACGUCAUCCUCCAUCGGGGCCGGCGAGGCGCCGACGUCGUCCGCGAACUUGUCAACAGCGUCAACAGACGUGCCAAACCAGGGCCAGCCGAGACGAAGCGAUGUCGAUCAGGACGACAUGGUUAACCCGGGCAACAUCAAGCAAGUGCUGACACAGCCGUCCAUCUCGUCGCGGCCGGCCAGCACCAAUGGCCACGCCGGCAACUCCGGCAACAACGAAACCACCGCCAAUGAUGGAAACACCAACACCGUGGGCUCGUCGAACUCGAGUCCUGAGCUUAGUAAUGCGCCGGGAUUUCGUGCUGCGGAGGCAUACGUGCGCCCUGCACCGAUUGCGACAAGCGGUGAGAUUGCCGAGUACGGGUUCAACCUGCGGCAGGCCGAGUUCAAUCUGAAGGUGUAUGGAUUGUCAGACGAAAAGCGGCUGGCAGCGGCCAAGAAGGAAGCGGCAACUUUGGCUGCAGACACCCCCGAGGGGGAAGAGGCCCGUCGCGAACGCUCUCUUGUCGGCGCCGACCUCAUCAGCCUUAAUUUAGCGCCUGGCGGCGAGGCAGCUGGAGGUGACGACGGCAACGGCGGACUCUUGCCUCUGCCGACUGUUGUGUGGCUGCCCGAGUACCACUUCCCAGAGGACAGCAUUGACGUCGAGGUCAGCGCUGGCCGCUGGGAGAUCUCGUGGGACGCGGAGGAGACGGCGACGCUGCAGCGGCUGCGCUGGUGGCACCCACCAGGCACGCAAACACUCAAGAUCAAGGGGCGCGUGCGCAAGUACAACGAUGUCGAAGGGGCGACCGGUAGAGAGGACGGAUACUACGACCAGCUCAGCAACUGGCUGGAGGGGGGCUGUAGUGUGAUGUAA